AUGAAACUGCGGUGUGAUGGAAGAAGUCCGUGCGAAUCGUGUCAGAAGAGAAACUUGAUUUGUAACAACGAGCGAACGGCAGGUGCGAGCCACCGACGGAUCGAAGAAGGUAAGACCAGCUUUGAGUCAGCUUGGUUGCAAUGGAAGACUCAUGCAAACCAUACAGAAGUAUCGGUGAAGGCCAAAAGAUGGGAAGGGCCUGAAGAGCCAUCAUCCGACCGAGGAUCGAUCAAGUUCCUACUGAACGGUGGUACCGAUAGCUUCACAGAAAACUUUCGACUUCCACCACGCAGUGAUCGUAGGCACAGUCUCAACUAUCAUAAUGCAACUGGCUUCGAGCAAUUGCAAGGCGCAGGGUUUCCACACAACAUCAACAGCGCUCAGCCGGAACAUGGCUCUGGGUUCCUGGAUUCCGACUCAGUCGCGCUGCAAUUUUUCCAGGACGCUUUCCUGGACUUUUUCCACCGCCCUUUCGAUGAUGCAAAUAAGCCCACGGAGAAUUCUUAUCAGGCUGGUGAACUGAGCUACCAGUCCAUCAUUCCUCCAGGGCAGCACCCUACAACACUGCCCGGAGAUCCACCCAUCUUUGAACCGGAGCGGCCAUUCGCAACGACCUUAAUUCAUUUAAUCUUAACACACGCGUGGCAGGUCCCGCUUGAUUCUAAAGCGCAGGAAGAGGUAUCUGCGAAUCUCCACUUCUUACUCACCACUGCGCGCAUACGAAAAUGCAUUGCGCUUUAUUUUAAAUACUGGCAGACUAGUUGUGCAAUCCUUCCCAUGUCCUUUGAUCCGGAGACAGUUCCCCUGGCGCUCUUAGCCGCGGUAGUCUUUAUGGGCGCAAUGUACAGUGAUGACCAGAGGGAAGUAUACGUCGCUAAGAGAGUGCUAGAUUUUGCAGAAAUCUUCAUCUUUGCGAAUGUUGUGUUUUCGGCUGAGAGCGAGAUCAGCGCCACAUUUUCAGGCAGCCGGUGCCUUGACGAGGUGAAAGGUGACUGGGAAUGGUUUCAGAACUUUCAAGCUGGGCUUAUCAUCACGAUCAUCCAAUACUGGGCGGGAACCCGUUUAUCACGAACUCGCGCGAUGGAAAAACGAUUUGGUGAAAUCGUGAACGUUGCGCGACGAAUUGAACUUGUCAAAGUCCGUCACCUUCCCGAUGAGCAGGUCCUGGAGCACUUGUGGAUCCAGCAAGAGAGUCGUAUAAGGACUUUUUCUAUGAUUUCGCUGCUCGACUGCGCGUUCUUGUUCUUUCAAAACUACCCGUGUCGCCUAACAUAUACCGAAAUGGAAUGCGAUCUGCCCUGCGAGGAAUGGCUGUUCUUCUCUGAGCACCCGUUUGCGGAGCCAAAUUUUCGCUUUUCACGCGGCAUUCGGGUUUCGGAGGCUUUCGAGCAUAUGUUUGAUGAAGCGCCCGAGUCUAAUCCGAUUGAUCUCACUGUAUUAGACAUGUUCAUCUUGAUUCAUAUCCUAUUCUCAUUUAUUAACACCCAUAUGACACUUCAAGGUUCUUUCACACGCAUGAGAAAUUUCAAACCCCCCAGGAAGAGUAUCGGGGUUGACGCAAAGGACACCACAGUUCCUAAAGAUUCUAUCCUCGUUGCCAUCCGGACUGCUCUAUCCCGUUGGCGGGAAUACUGGAUCGUCCUGCGCAGUGGAGUAACAAGUGACGAAUGGGCAUCAAUGGGGUUUUAUAAGAAUGGAUACAGCUUUUGGCUGGUAUCGCAACUGCUUAUCACCAGAAAGGAUGCUGUUGAUGUGGUGAUGCAGAUGGAAGUGCAUUGCGAAGACAAGCUGGAGAAGCUGAAGGUCUUGCUACUAGACGACCAGGAAGACAUCUAG